CAUCGAAGAGCCCAGCUUUUAUGACUGUCUUCUGCCAAGACAUCAUUCCUUGAGGAUGUCGUGACGGGCUUCUGUUCUUUCAAAGUGUCCUCAACUCCUCGCAAGAGCAGUGGUUACUCUCUUUCUCUUCUUCACUUUUGGCAUCAAGGACGGAGACAAAAAGGAGGAUCUGAUUCUUUCCUUGUCCCAUUUAACUCCUGGCCAGAUGCAGUGGAUCGUACUUUUCCUGUUACUGUGGUUCAUCAACUCCAUGGAAAUGCUCACGCAAGACAGACGGAAGAUACAAGUAAGCACCACGUUGUUUGAGAACUGCACGGGAUGUAUCAUGUGUUCGGAGGAUAAUGGCUGCACCUCCUGCCAACAGAAGCUCUUCCUGCUCCUUUGGAGGGAUGGGAUCCGCCAAUACGGGGCCUGCCUCCAUGCUUGCCCAUCGGGGUACUUUGGGGUGCGAGGCCAAGAGGUCAACCGAUGCAUCAAAUGCCGGUCGCCCAACUGUGAGAUCUGCUUCAGCAAAGACUUCUGCAUAAAAUGCAAGAAGCCAUUCUACUUGCACAAAGGCAAAUGCUUCAGCACGUGUCCCCUAGACACGAUGGCACAGCCCAGUACCCAGGAAUGCAAGCCAGAAAAGUGUGAGAUGGGGCCGUGGGGCAACUGGAGCCCCUGCACCAACCAAGGGCAGACGUGCGGCUGGCGGUGGGGCUCAGCCACAAGGAGCCGGGAGGCCAUCAAGAGCAGCAAAGAGGAAACAGAGGCAUGCCCAGCGCUGACUGAGUCCAGGAAAUGCCGCAUGAAGAAGCGCUGCCCUGGAGAGAAGAAAGGAAAGAGAAACCAAAGGAAAGAGAAGAGGGAAAGGAAACAAAGGAGAAGGAAGAAACUGGACGCUCUCCUGGCCACCUAAUCCGUUUCAAAGCAAGUGGAAGGUCCUGGGGAGGGUUGGGGAGCGACACACAAGGCAGUCCACCAGGUAGUCCACCAAGAUGUGGCCUCUCUCUGCAGCCUCUCGGUGAAAUCUCUUUCCCGUCAUUACGUUUUUCUCCUGGUUCCUUUCCAUCCAGAUAAUGCCUUCUAGCCCUGCUUUCCAGAAAGAGAGAAGAGGGGUCAUGUUAUGGCCUGUUGAAUGCGAUACCCUUUACAGAUCCAGAUUUUUAGCCCCCCUAGCAUUUCCCCUGCCACAAGAUUUCCAAGUUCUGGUUCAUUGAAAUAUUCAUGAGUUUGCACACAUAGAACACCACUGGGAGAAACAUUACGCCCGUACAUUGCUGGUCCUGCGUGUAAUAAAUGGAGUGGUGCCCUAAAUGGUUUUGCAACAGAAGACAAGGAAUAAUAUCCCUCCACCACCAGGGACCCAGGGAGAAGAAGACCUCCACAAAGAUACCAGGACUUCCCAAACUCCAUGAUGGACUGGAAAAUGUAGGCCUAAGACUAUUAUUCGCCAAUGCAUUGUUACAUCUUUCUCCAAAGUAGCACAACAGUUAACAUUGACAUGGAUUCUAUUAAAGAUGGAUGGAUAACUCCUUAUCUUGUCCAAAAAGACUGAUACACCUAGUUCAUUGCAUCCUUCACCUUGGCAUGGAACCAACAAGCUAAGAUAACUCAUUACUCCAUAGUGAAAGGUGUCUGGAUUGAACCCAACAUUCUUGACCCAUCAAGAACAGUGGAGCAGUUGACUAGACAGCUGUUCCCUGAGCUCAGCCUACUUUCCAGUGGGAUCAAGAAAGGCAGGAGACUUCUUGCAGGAUGGAGAAGCCAAACAGAUGGUCUAGAACAAUUUCCUGGGGUCAUCUUGGGCUCUUGAUCUCUGACAACUGCGUUCUUCAGUUGGCUUUAAUGAGGUUCAUCCAGAUCUCCUAGUGGGCCUCCAAGAUGGAUUGUUCUACAUGUUCCACAGUUGCGUCCAGACUCUUUUCUUUGGAAGUAGGUUGCUGGAAGUAUUUUCAUAUGUUGCAAUAUAUGUUGAGCGCAGGUUAAGGCAACCCCAGACAUGACCAAAGAUGGCCUCCAUAUUGGACCUACCGCACCCUACAAAGUUCUUAGCUUUCAAAUGCUCCAAACUCCAUUCUGCUCAGACCUUCUCUACCUUAAUGCUGAAAAUCUGCUGCUUUGCCUCUUUGCUUCCUUCCUGCACAAAGCUCUGUCUUGCCCAUCCUCUCCACUGAGAAGAAAUAGGGAAUAAAGAGGAGGCAUCUCUAUCCAACACUUGUCUUGGCCAUAGCAAUGGAUCACCUACAUUUGCUUAGUAAAGCAAUAGUGAACCUUUGUUCAAACCCCAGUUUUAGAAUCAGGAAUUAGAGGGGACCUUGGAGAUGAAACCAAACCUGGCUGGUGUCCAGGAGCCCUGUCAUGUGCUGAAAUGGCACUGUAGACCAUUCCUAAUGAACAGCAAAGUAAAAUUGUGGAUUUGAUGAGUUUUUAAAAGAGUUAGUUAAUAGACUCUUCUGGUUAGCUUUCCACUGUUUUCGUUCUUUUCUUCUGCACUGUCCUAAACUGAAAAUGAAUUGGUGCCUUGGAUUGCAUCUACCUGGAAUUAGAUUGGCCCUAGGGACAGAAAGGUGAAAUAAAUAUUCAACAAGUAGUUUAAAGCCUCUACACAAGGGACCUUGGGUUGACCUACCCACAUCUUUAGGAACUUUAUAGGUCCUCCAGGUAAUUCUAUGGUAUGCUUCUGUUGGUUGCUUCCAUAGAAUCACCCUCAAGGACCUAGAACAGUGGUUCUCAACCUGGGGUCCCCAGAUGUUUUUGGCCUACAACUCCCAGAAAUCCCAGCCACUUCACCAGCUGUUAGGAUUUCUGGGAGUUGGAGGCCAAAAACAUCUGGGGACCCCAGGUUGAGAACCACUGACCUAGAAGAUUCUUUGGGAGGAUAGGAAAGGUAAAGGUUUCCCCUGACAUGAAGUCUAGUCAUGUCCAACUCUGGGGGGUGGUGCUCACCUCCAUUUCUAAGCCGAAGAGCUGUCACUGUUGACACCUCCAAGGUCAUGUGGCCAGUAUGACUGCAUGGAGCACCAUUAUGCCGGUCACAUGACCUUAAGAGGUCAUGUGGCAAAAGUCAUUCAUUACAAUAGAGUUCUAUGGUAACUUUAGUAAGGUUUUAUGGUAACAUGUUCAUUUCAACAAGGUUCAUAUUAUCCCCAGUUUCCUGUUUUCAUGGUAAGUUCAGAAACAUACUCCCAAGGGGAACAGAGUUGUACUCUAUGUAUGAAAAGGUCUAUCUCUUUCCCUUUGGGUCAUUUGGAGAGAGCCUCCAAAAAGACGGGGCUCUCCUUGUGCAACAAGCAACGCAGUGGAGACUCUCCCUAUGGGAUCCAGAACCUCAGAAAUCCCCAUUCCAGAUCACAUCCUGCACAGAUUGAGGAGACCCUUACCUUCUGGAAAUUGUUCUUUGAGUAAGGAGAAAGACACCAGAGAGAAUAAAGGUGGUACCAGAGCACUUCCCUCUUUGCAUACAUAUUGUAUUGCAUACCUAUUGUAUGCACUUCCUCUCUUUGCAUACGUAUUGUAUAUACCUGGUGUCGAUGGGGCUGCUGCCUGCCUAUUUUCUCCCUUCUCCGACUCUGAGAAGGUCUGUCUCACAAUGACUCCAUGGCAAUACUCUGGCAACAAUGGGCAAGCUUGCUCUGUGGCUCUUUCUUUCCUUCCUCUAUUUUCCUCAUACACCUUCUCCCUUUUGUUUAUUUCUUUUUUUCUUCCCUUGCUUUCCCUCAUACAUUCCCUCUCCUUCCUUCCUUCCUUCCUUCCUUCCUUCCUUCCUUCCUUCCUUCCUUCCUUCCAUCCAUCCAUCCAUCCAUCCAUCCAUCCUUUUUCUCUUCUCUCCCUUCCUUUGCCCCCUUUUCCCUUCCUUUCUCUUACCUUUUUUCUCUUUCUUUCCUCCUAUCAUUCCUUUCCCCCUUUAUUUUCUCCCUCUCCCUUUUCUUUCUCCUCUAUUUUCCCUUCCUCCUUUCCUUUUCCUUUCCUUCUUAUGUCUUUCUUUCCUUCCUUCUUCUCUUACCCUCAUACAUAUGUCACCUUUCUUUCCUAGUAACAUCACAAAGGCCUCUUGACGUUGUAACAGCCUUUGUGGUGCAAACAAACAUAGAUACUUUAACUAUAUAUAUAUGGCUUGGUUGAUCAAAAAAUGGUUCAAAACCUGUUUCGGAUGUAGGGGACGCUGGCGGUUUGAUUCUAAAGUCAAUUUCGAUUUUCACAGAAAAAAAUGUUCAAAA